UACUUUUUAGUGUCUUUUGAAUAUCUUGAAUGUGUCUCCAUUAAACUAUUGACAAACUUUAAUUUGCUCAAAGCCAUAAUAAGCCAGGCCUUCUGAUCUAUGAUCAUAUAAUCAGUUGAGUCAAUAGCUUGAGAGAGAGACAGAGAGAGAGAGAUUUGAAGCAAUAUCAGAAGAGGAGCUUGAACUGAGCUUGAACUGUCUAAUCUCUCUCAUCUGUUACAUUGAAGCAAUAUCAGAAGAGGAGAGAUUUGAAGCCAAAACAGAUUAGGGUUUUGUCUGUUCUUGUAGACUGAGGCAGUGAGGGAAAGAGAGGAACAACUAGCCUUGCUAUACUUUAGUAGAGCCAGCAAUGGUGCUACAAGAAACCAUUCAUAACAGCAAAAACUUCUUUCACAAAACUCUUGGAAACCUCAAGUCCUUCUUUGGUGGAUACAAGAAAUUGCCCAAAACCCUUUCUUUCAAUCCCUUCUAUUGUGGGAGAGACCCGAAAUAUCACCCAACAGAUCAGUUCUACACUGAUUUUUAUGAUGACUGGGAGUCUACUCUAAAUCAGGCAAACAAGAGAGAUGGUGCUUCAAAAGAACCAACAGAGGAAGAUGAUGCAUGUAAUGGGAGCUUUCUGGAUUUUUCAAAGCAGAGUCCUAAGAAGAGCAAACAAGAAGGGGGAUUAAAGCAAAAGAAGCAGAUGGGAAGUUCUCAUCAUCUGGGAAAAAAAGAAGUUCAGUCAUCUUUGCAGAGCAUGAAUGGAGGAGGCUUAGCUAAAAGGAUGAAGGAAUUCGAAAUGGUGGAUACCAGUGAUGUAGAACAAGUGCUGGAUGUAGAAGAGGCACUUCAUUACUACUCUCGCCUCAAAAGUCCGGUAUACGUUGACAUUGUUGAUAAAUUCUUCUUGGAUAUGUACUCGGACUUCUCUGUUCCACCGGCGUCUAUCAACAUCAACAAUUCAAAGAGGAGACUUGGAUCACAGAGACUUGGCUCAAUUAGGUUGUAGAUGAAUGUGUUGGUGAUUUAUUCCUUGUGCAUAUAGAUCUGUUGUUCUUUCCCCAUUUUGUUUCCUUUUCCACUUUGUGUGUAACUCCCCGUUGUUUGUGUGUGUGUUUGGUUUUUAUUUUCACUUUGCAAAGCUUGUACACCUUUCUGAAUCCAAUACUGUUUGUUUGAAUC